AUGAAGUUUUCUCAGACACAGUUUACUGAUGCUUCGAAUAAUUUACCAAAUCAUUUGCCUUCUUUUGCAGUUCUUGCUGUGUUAACACCGACUUCCUCUUCUUUCUUUUCUUCUUUUCUUUUUUCUUCUACUCUUUCUUUUUGCUCGUCUCUUUUCCCCCUCCCUCUCUUUUUUCGUUUUCUCUUUUUCCUCCACUCUCCGUUAUUUAUUCUUUUUUUUCUUUUAUCUGUUUUUUCACCUAAUCCCGUACUUUACCUUCCUUCCUCUCUCUCUCUCUCUCUUCUCUCUCUAUCUUUCUCUCAGCUCUCCAUUUUAUUUUCCCUCUUCUCAUUUAAUUAUCUUUGUCCACCUUACUCUUCUCCUUUACUCUCUUCUACAUCUCUUUAUAAUUCUCUUUCCUUCCUCCACAUAUUUAUUUUCUUUCGUUCAGAUUUUUCUUCUAUUUCUUCGCAAUUUUUUCUCUAUUUUUUUUUACUUUUCAUUCAUACUUUCUCAUUUUUUUUAUUUCUCAUUCUUCAUUUUCAUUCUUUCCUUAUAACCACUUCUUUUUCAUUUUGA